CGUACUAGCAACAUGGCGACUUCCUGUGAGAACGAUGGCGCGUCAAUAAGGAAAAGACGCCUGCGAGUUGGUUUAACAACCGAGGCGAAGUCUAGCGACGGCAGCAGCAGAAAAGAUGUGGCGAACACAGUUGAAGGGACCAAGAAAGAAAAACUUCAGCCUUUACAAACGGGGACUUUCUGGCUCACUCGUAUUGUACUACUGCGCUCCGUCUCCUUUAUUUACUUUGUGGCGUUCACUGUCGCUUACAACCAGAAUAAACAGCUGAUUGGGGAAAACGGUCUGAUGCCUUGCAAGAACUACCUCAAUAGUGUCAAACGCUACGUGGGAGGAAAGAUAGGCAUGGCUGCUCUGGCCUACACACCCUCCAUCUUCUGGUUCUUGGACUGGAGCAAUAUGGACGCCAACCUCGAUGGCAUUGCCUUGUUGGGAAUGACCUUCUCUGGUUUUAUUCUGGUGACGGGAAUGGCGAAUAUGGUGAUCAUGGGUUCCUUGUGGGUGCUGUAUCACUCCUUGGUCAAUGUCGGACAGCUGUGGUACUCCUUUGGCUGGGAGAGUCAGUUGUUGGAAACGGGAUUCCUGGCCAUUUUCCUGUGUCCUGUGUGGACUCUGUCCCAAGUCCCCCGCCGCUGCCCCCCUUCUUUUGUCUGCAUCUGGACUUUCAGAUGGCUAAUUGUCCGCAUUAUGCUUGGCGCUGGCUUGAUUAAAAUCAGAGGGGACAAAUGUUGGCAAGACCUCACCUGCAUGGAUUAUCAUUAUGAGACCCAGCCCGUUCCAAACCCCGUGUCUUACUACAUGCAUCGUUCCCCUUGGUGGUUCCAUCGCUUCGAGACUAUGUCCAAUCACUUCAUCGAACUAAUCGUCCCCUUAUUCACUUUCCUGGGCAGACGAAUGUGUAUCGUCAAUGGUGUGCUCCAGAUCCUUUUUCAGGUCGUUCUGAUAGUGAGUGGCAACCUCAGUUUUCUCAACUGGUUGACCAUUGUUCCCAGUCUGGCCUGUUUCGAUGACGCAUCUUUGGACUUUUUGUUUCGCUCCGAAAGCGGGGCCAAGAAAGCCGUUUUGAAGAUUCAAGAUGAGGAUAAAAAUGGACAAACACCUGAAGCCACUAAAGGAAUGCGAGUCCGUCAGGUGGUCAAUGUGUCUUUGGGCAUUCUGAUUGGCUGCCUGAGUGUUCCGGUCCUCAUGAACCUACUGAGUCCCAGACAGGUGAUGAACACCUCCUUUGACCCACUUCGCAUUGUCAACACCUACGGGGCCUUUGGCAGUAUUACCAAGGAGCGCACUGAGGUGAUUUUUCAAGGCACUCUGAGUGAGGAUCCAAAAGACCCGAAGGCAGUCUGGGAGGAAUACCAAUUCCUUUGUAAGCCAGGAGAUCCUUACAGACGGCCGUGCCUCAUUUCCCCGUAUCAUUACCGCCUGGACUGGCUCAUGUGGUUUGCGGCCUUCCAGACCUACGAGCAGAGUGAGUGGGUCAUUCACAUAGCAGGACGCCUGUUAGCUAACGAUAGCACAGUUCUUUCGCUCCUGGACCACAACCCAUUUCAAGACAGAGGGAUCCCCAGGUGGGUUCGAGGAGAACAUUUUAGAUAUAAAUUCAGCCAACCGGGCAGUACCAGUGCAGCUGAGGGUAAGUGGUGGCUACGAAAGCGCAUCGGUGCCUACUUCCCUGCUGUGGACCUUGCAGCACUCAGGGGGUACUUCCAGUCCAGGGACUGGCCACACCCACAUAUAUCAAAACGGAAAAACUAAGGACAUCACCGACUUUGACACACAGAGGAGGUAAAAAAAAAAAAGGUCUUCAUCAUAUUGUAAAAGUUAGGUGUGAGAACCUGAAUACAUAUGGGAUCAACAUUGUCCUGGUUUGUCUUUUUGUUUUUUAAACAUAUGCUGCAUUUGACCAAAAAAUGAAAUGAACAAAUAAGUCAAUUGAAACAUACAGUAGUGGUCAUGAACUGCAAAAUAUAUUGCAUAGAAUGGAAAUAAAUGUUGUAUAUACGUGUACAAAUA